AUGGCUACCGCGCGGCGUCCAGCUUUCGAAACUAUCCCAUCUUCUCCAAUUCGAGUUAUGCGUACGGUUGAUGCGGUCAGAAGAUGGAGGAAGCCCCAGUACCUCGACCACAGAAUUGUUUCACUCGUACCUACGAUGGGAGCUUUGCAUCAAGGUCAUAUUUCUCUUAUCCGCAGCGCAGCCCGCGAAAGCCAUCACGUCGUCGUUAGCAUAUAUGUUAACCCGGCCCAAUUCGGCAUCAAAGAGGAUCUAGCUUCUUACCCUGUGACUUGGGAGUCGGAUUGCAAGAUCCUAGCUGAUUUGGAUCGUGAAUUGGCCGACGAUGGCGGGAAUCUAGGCCGCAUCAGCGCCAUUUUUGCGCCAACUACCCCUGAGAUAUAUCCUUCAGGUUUUCCAGGUCAAGAAGUAAACUCUAAAGGGAGUUUUGUGGUCCUAACACCAAUAAGUGAGAUUCUUGAGGGUGUUACUAGACCAACCUUUUUCAGGGGCGUUGCCACUGUCUGCAUGAAACUUUUUAACAUCGUACAACCUGAAAAGGUAUACUUUGGCCAAAAGGAUGUCCAGCAGACCGUAUUGAUCCGAAAGAUGGUCAAGGACUUUAUGCUGCCGACCGAGGUUAUUGUUGGUCCUACCAUUCGGGAGUCCGACGGACUUGCUCUAAGCUCCAGAAAUGUUUACCUCGGCGAGAGGCGACGCAAAGUUGCCCCAGUGCUAUAUGUCGCUCUCAAGGCUGCUGAGGCACAGUAUCGGAAAGGGGUUCUGGAUAGAAAGAAGCUUGUGGGUGCCGCUAAUGAUUUGUUUUUAAAUGUUUUAAGCAGACAGAAAUUUCUACCUCGCGAAAAGAGGUCAACAUUUGAAGUGGACUACAUCUCACUUGCGGAUCCCUUUUCUAUGGAGGAGCUGACUAAAAUCGACCCAGAGAAGGGUGGUAUAUUGAGUUGUGCAGUAAAAAUGCUACAGGUCGAGUCACCGCAACCAGGCGAAGAUUUAGGACAUAGCGGAGGCCCAGCAGUCCGUCUCAUAGACAACAUUAUCUUGAAGCCGCUUGCGAAAACUUAG